AAGACCGAGAGACUCCCGCCUCCCCAAGGCCGCAGUUGGCGAAGCGCUGAGUCACCGCGAGGAGCCAGCGGCCUCCGAGCCUGCCCGCGGUGUGCUCGGUGUGGACCAGUGCCCCCCGCCCCACGGAGGCUCCAGGGCCCCUGCGUCCAGCUCCUUGGCUACAGAGAUUGCUGCCACAGCAUCAGAACACUCUUUCUGGAUUUCAACAUGGGGUCUUCCAAGAAGGUUACCCUCUCAGUGCUCAGCCGGGAGCAGUCAGAAGGGGUUGGAGCACGGGUGCGCAGAAGCAUCGGCAGACCCGAGUUAAAAAAUCUGGAUCCGUUUUUACUGUUCGAUGAAUUUAAAGGAGGUAGACCGGGUGGAUUUCCUGAUCACCCACAUCGAGGUUUUGAAACAGUAUCUUAUCUUCUGGAUGGUGGAAGUAUGGCCCAUGAAGACUUCUGUGGACAUGUUGGUAAAAUGAACCCUGGAGACCUGCAGUGGAUGACCGCAGGCCGGGGCAUUCUGCAUGCUGAGAUGCCUUGCUCUGAGGAGCCAGCCCAUGGUCUGCAACUGUGGGUUAAUUUGAGAAGCUCAGAGAAGAUGGUGGAGCCACAGUACCAGGAGCUGAAAAGUGAAGAGAUCCCCAAGCCCAGUAAGGAUGGUGUGACGAUUGCUGUCAUUUCUGGAGAAGCCCUGGGAAUAAAGUCCAAGGUUUACACUCGCACACCAACCUUAUAUUUGGACUUCAAAUUGGACCAAGGAGCAAAGCAUUCCCAGCCUAUUCCUGAAGGGUGGACGAGUUUCAUUUAUACCAUAUCUGGAGAUGUGUAUAUUGGGCCUGAUGAUGCUCAACAGAAAAUAGAACCUCAUCACACAGCAGUGCUCGGAGAAGGUGACAGUGUCCAGGUGGAGAACAAGGAUCCUGAGAGAAGCCAUUUUGUCUUAAUUGCUGGGGAGCCAUUAAGAGAACCAGUUGUCCAACAUGGUCCAUUUGUGAUGAACACGAAUGAAGAAAUUUCUGAGGCCAUUCUUGAUUUCAGAAAUGCAAAAAAUGGGUUUGAAAGAGCCAAAACCUGGAAAUCAAAGAUUGGAAACUAGCGAAGAGCACAGGAAUAAGUCUCGAUGCUUCCUAGAAUUUUGUCAUUUGUGCUGUCCAGCCAUUUGAGGCAUUCAGUUUCCAAAGUUGACUUAACCGGUGCUUCUAAAGAAUUCCACAUUAAAGUGAUAACAUGGCUUUUUGGGCGAUGUAUGUAGGAUUCUUCCUGGCAUAUGCAAAUAAACCUGAUUGU